GAAGUGAUUUCAUUUUGCUGCGCUUCGGUGUGUGCUGCCGCGAGCGCCUUGGCCUUGUGUCAUCGUCUAUAUUUACACCCGGGAGCAUCGGUGAAAAGUAGUGGCCUCGAAAGAGAAUGAAUUUAGCUCCACUGCAGGAAACGGAAGCGCAGCAUUGAUCCAAGAAUAAACGUGAAAAAAACAAAUUCUUCUGCAGCUCACUCCGGCCCGUCGGUGUGAGUGUUCAGGAGCUAAAUCGGUGUCAGUGACCGAACCGAUCGAACAUCGCUCCCCAAAGAUUCGUGUGUGUUGGUGGUUGAUUUGUGUAAAAAGGUGCAAUUUGUUAGGAGAUACUACAGCAUCAGCCCUGCAGCAGGUAGUCUAGAAAAUGGCCGGUAUACUGUUCGUAGUUCACAUUCCGUCGGCCCGGUAUGAGCGGGAACUGAGGCGCAAGGAGAAGGAACGGCUCGCCAAAACGGCCACCGCCACGACCGAGGACGAGAAGGACACGGACAACCCGUCCGACGAGACGCAACCAUUUGUGACUCCUCAACCGAAAAAAAUACAACCCAAGGUUCCGCGGUCCAACUUUAUCAAAGCGCCCGAUGACGGUGGUGAUAAAAAGGCAACAGGAGGAGCGCCCAUUGCUCCGGUGAUCAAGUUUAUCGAUCAAGACGGAGAAGAAAUACCAAAGAUUGAGUGUUUGGAGAAGGAAGACGACGAUACGAAUGGUGAUAAGGAUGGAGGCGGCAAGGAGAAGGACAAAAAGUCAAACUUUCUGGCGGAACCAUUCGAUCGCGCUUCGGCGUUGCGCAAAUCCUGGGAUGGAUUCAAGGAUCUGGUCAGUUCGGCGCGCAAAGAAAAGACGGCCCGUGAAGAGGCUGCCGAAAAGCUGACCCUCACCGGUGAAUCGUCUAUGGAGGAGAUUCUGAAAACGAUCAUCUCCGAGAAGCGCCUGCAUACGGCGGCCUGGAUCGAGACCGAUCAGGGCAAUGGAUGCCAUAUCAUGUUCUCCAUCCCAUCGGGACCCGUUUGCGACGAUGUCAUCUAUAUGCUCAGCUCGUGGGGAGUUGGCCAACGGUUUAAUUCAACCAUCUCGAUCACUUCCUGCACCCUAUACAGCCAACCACCGGAGAUCGAUGAACAAGCGGAUGAGGCUGCCUCGGAAGCGAACAAAAACAACGAGGACACCCCGUGGAACGCCUUUCUUUCGACGGUUCGCGCACGGCUCAACGUGGCACAGAUUGUCGAGGAGGUGAAACACGAUGCACACAUUUCGUUCGACUUCGUCUCCAUGCUGGUGGUUGCCAGUAUUUUGGCUGCUUUCGGUUUGGUCGAGGACAGCUCACUGUUUCUCAUCGCCAGUAUGCUGAUUUCACCACUCAUGGGACCCAUCAUUUCUGUCAUCUUUGGAACCGUCAUCAAGGAACGUAGUCUCCAACUGUUGGGCUUGAAGAACGAGCUUAUCGGAAUUAUGCUCACCGUCACCGUUGGCUUCAUCUUUGGGCUGAUCGUGUGCAGCAUCGACGAUCGAUACGGUGUCGGUGAAGGCAUCACGCACGAAAUGUUGGCCCGUUGCGAAACACACUCUCUACUGGUCGGUAUUGCCAUUGCCUUGCCAUCCGGAGCGGCCGUCGCUAUUGCCAUCCUGGGCGAAAACAUAGGUUCAUUGGUCGGUGUUGCCAUUUCCGCUUCGCUCCUUCCGCCCGCUGUGAAUUCGGGUCUUCUGUGGGCACUGUCGUGUUUGUACUUUUUGUUCGGAUCGGAAGAAUCGCGCUACGGUACGCUGAUUAAAACGCAAAUCUACUCCGAAAACCAAGGCAUAGAGCUGCUAACACUCGGCUGCAUGAGCAUGUCGCUGACGUUGCUCAACAUUCUCUGCAUUUACUUGGCGGGCGUAGUGUUCCUGAUGAUCAAAGAGGUAGCUCCGGUUGUACCGAAGGAUCAGAAACAGUUCUGGAAGCACGACAUCAAGAUUGCGCGCGACUAUAACCGCACGCUUCACACAACCGACGGCAUGUCCAUGUCGAAACACCUGAUGCAGGAGCUAACCACCCUGCAUCAAAACGACACCACGGGUAGUGGGCUCCGGGGCGAUUUUCUGCUAAACUCAGCCUCCAAGGGCGGCCACCAGAACACUUGGUCACCGCGCCAUAACUACCACCAGCGCGAUCGUCGGCCGACGGUGCAGGAGCUCGAAGCUCUCUACCUAAGCCUAUCGGCCAACACGUCCGAAAAUCAGUUCCACUACUCGGCACAUCCAACCGGUCCACACUACCUCGGCUUCGAUCGACAGCAAUCGACCUCACCGACGCACAUGCGGCGCAUGAACCCAGGGAACGCAGGGAUUGCACGGCACGGUCGCUUCACGGAAUCGCUUCGCGGAGCAUCGGUACCUCUAUCGAAAAUAUUGGAGGACGUAGCGGCCGGUACAUCGAAGGGUGAAGGCGGACAUGUCCCUCACGGGGAACGCGGUGGCCGCACCUCGAGUCGUUACGGAAUUCCCGGGUUCAAGCGGAGCUCAAAAAAGUUCACCGUAACGCCGGCCUACGAUCCGAUACAGAAGGAGUGAGCCGCGAUCGGGUUCGCAUGUGCGAGUUCACUGUCGUGUGGCUAGAGUUCUAGGAGCUUCCGGUUAGGUUUUUUUUGUUGGUAGAGUGUAGGUUUUAGUUUUCGUUAUCAGUUCGUCCACUCUUCGUUUGUUCGUAGUCAUUUCGUUUCGAUAAUUUUUUUGUUUCCCUGUUUGCCGUCCGUUUGCUGGAGUUCUCAUUAAGAUUGUAAAUAGUUGUUUCGUGUAAGGAGCUAGCCACUAAGAGUGAGGCAUAAGAAAGGCGAAAGAUAUGCCGGGGGCAGGUGCAACUGUGAUGCCAGCGCCUGUGCCGUGUCCUUGCACCUUUUUGGUGAUCGUCAUUUAAUUACUGUGUACUUAAUCGGCGCUCGGGCGCGCCGAAGCUAGGAAGAAAACAAAGUUGUUAAACGUACAAAACCCGUCAAAGCUAAACACGCUUCGUAUCU